AUGGGCCGUACUGCGGCCAUGAACCAACGCUCAGGUUGGGCCAAAUAUUCUACCAAGCUUGAGUCCAGCGGAAUCCUUUGGACAGAGAGGAAUAUGAUGGCCUUCCUGAAGAAUCCCAAGGCCUUCGCGGGCGGUGUCAUCAAUAUGAACUUCCGUGGCAUCGACAGCUGGCAGGACCGGGUCGAUUUGAUCCACUAUUUGCAGAGAGCUGGUCACGAGUCAUGGAUGGCUGUGAACUCAGCUCAGAUCAAAAGCUCUACGACACCGCCUCAGUCAAAGUAG